AUGGCGGAUCGUGUAUACAAUCGUCCAGUUGUACAUUUCAUAUGUCCAUAUCGUCAUUCCAAGCUUACUGUACAGACUUCAGAGGAGCCUGCAUACUUGAAUAUUGGUACUGAUGUUAGUGCUAAAUAUCGUGGUGCUUUCUGCGAAGCUAAAAUUACCGACGUAAGAAAAAUGGUUCGAUGUAAGGUUAACAUCGGAAGAAAUACUAACCCUGUUACAGUACUAGACGACUGUAUUGUCCGUGGCGAGUUGAAGGUUGGCAGCGAAAUUGUUCUUCAAAUGCCGGAUGAUACUCUCGCUAGUGGUAGUAUCGCUAAGCUUACCGAUGCUAGCACAUAUACAGUUGUUUUCGAUGAUGGUGAUCAGAGAUCCUUAAAGCGCACCGCACUUUGCUUAAAGGGCCAGAGACACUUCAAUGAAAGCGAGACACUGGAUCAUUUACCUCUGACAAAUCCGGAAAAUUUUGGCAAUCCAGUAGUAGCGGAGUCGAAGAAAGUUGCUAAGAAAUCGCAGCGAUCAAGGAAUGAUGAUACUGAAUCAGAAAGUAGUGAAAGCAAGAAAAUCGGAAGUAAUGAGCGCGCUCGAAUUGCGAAGAUUGUCAUGGUCAAGCAGAAUGACAAAAAGAGAAGUUGCUUUCCAGGCUUGCUGCAAAGGGAUUCUGAUCUAAACGAUGACGUGGAAAAAUGUUCUAUUAGAUCUUUCAAAGAUGGAAAGAUAAUUUCGGUAGCCAAGAAAGAUUUGCAAUCAUUAGAUUUAAAUUAUGAAGCCGCUAUAAAUCAACUAAAAAGUAACGGAUCUGCUCAUAAGCCAGCACUGGAAAAAGCGAUUACGUAUAUAAAUGAUGGUGAACUACCUGAAGACUGGCAGGUUACCAAUAAAGAUGGAGAUGAUGUUGUAAUGGACGAAGAAGCUGAAGAAUUUAUGGGUCGAUUAUACAAAUUUAUGGAAGAUAAAGGUACACCAAUUACUAAGGCACCGGUCUUAGGUUAUCAAACCUUAAAUCUGUACAAGCUAUAUAAAUUAGUUCAGAAAAUGGGAGGAAUGGAAAGGGUUUCACAACAAAUGAAGUGGAGAUCAUUAUAUUCUCAACUUGGUAUAGCAACCAUGAUUACCAGUGCAUCUCACAAUAUCAAACUUGCAUAUCAGAAAUAUCUUUAUCCUUAUGAGUGCUAUGAAUAUGACAAAACUGCCGAUGAUAAAAAUUCCCAUAAUGAAGAUAGUGCGGAGAGUGCUAAGAGCCAAGAAGUACCCACAUCUUCUGGAACUCUUAGACGCGAACGGUACAGAAGACAGCGCAGACGGAAAGAAAUCAGUGAAGGUGACGAUAGCACUGAUGAUGGAGUUGCCUCUGGUUCCGAUGUAUACAAACCAAUAGAAUACCCUGGGAAAGACGCUACGAAUGAUAAUUCAGACACUUAUUCUGUUGGAUCAUUUGUAUUGGUAAAGUAUGGCAGGGGUAAAAAAAAUUGCCAGUAUGAAGCCAAGAUUCUUGAAUGGGAUGACAGUGAUGAAAGUGGUACCACAUCAUAUUUCGUUCAUUAUUCAGGCUGGAAUAGCCGACACGAUGAAUGGAUCAAACCAGAUAGAAUUAUUCAAAAAAUGAAUCCACAAGGACUUUCAAGAGGCAAUAAGAAUCCAGCUAAAUCAGUAUCGCUUCCUGUUCGACAAAUGCCUUUAAGAGGCGGCAGUCAAUUAACCACUAAUCCUCGCCGAAAUAGCAGAAAUGGUAACCUUAAAACGGAGCGUACAUCUCCAUCUAACAAUAGACAGCCAUCAGGGAGAAGAGGUAGAGCUAGCACACGGAACAGUCCACACUACGAUAGUGAGGUGGAAUCAGCACCAUCCGACAGCCCAACUUCACAGAAUACUAAUUCUCCUGCAGAUGAAGAAGCAUCACAUCCUGACGAAAAUACGAGUAGUAUGGAAGUUGUUUCUUAUCAAGACGAUGAAAUAAAUACUGCUAGCAGUAAUAACAGUCCUAAAGAGAAGGUUGAAGCUAAUGUAGAAGAAGAAUCUUCUGAAGAAAAUAAGAUGGAAGUGGAGAGUGAAGAAAUAAAACAAGAUAUCCCCCCUAAUGAUGAUGAUGAUGGCGAGCCAGCAGAGGAAUCAAGCCACGAAGAAGCAGAACAAGUUGAAGUUAAAAAAGAACCUGAAGUCACAGAACAAUCACCUGAAACAUGUGUAACUACUCAGGUUGAUCAGAAAAUCGAAGAUAGUGCUUCUCCGGAAGAAAAUCCCACGAUUGAAGAUAAGCCUACUACUGAAGAAAAGAAGGAAGAAAGUGAAGAAAGUAAAACAUCAAACGAUGAUGCUAAUAUCGAUGAGAAUUCUGAUCCUGUAGAGCUAAUUUUACCUCGUAAAAGAGGAAAUAGGAGAAAUGGCAAUGCCAGGAAAAGAUGUCGAAGUGAUUCAACAUCAGUAUCGUCAAAUGAUCAAAGUAGCAAGUCUAAUAAUGAUAGUAGUGCUAAGACUUCGACAUCCUCUUCAACUGUUAGUGAUGAUAAUGCAGAAAAUGAUCUCGCAGGCAUUUUAAAUGAUCUGGUAGUGUUAGGCGACUUACCUAUCCGGAAAAGAAUAGAAACUCUGCAAGUCAAACUAAAUGAAAUAAGACGUUUGUAUAACAGUCGACGAGCGGAAGUAAUGUCAAUUGAUAGGAAAUUAAAGAAAUAUAGGAAAAAAGCGAAAGAGAAAGCCCAUAGCAAUGGUGAAUCGGUUGAGAUUGUCGUUUCAGCGGAAGCUUAG